CGGCAGUAGCAAACAGCACGAGUUGCUGGCUCUGCGUUCUCUACGAAAGCUCGCGAGUGCUCGCGAGUGUUCCUCGUGACAGUGGUGUAUGCCGACAGUGAUUUUGGUAUCGAAUACCGAAUAUCGAAGCGUGGCAGACGACGACCGAUAACGACGAUGCCGAAGUGUCGGCGUCAUGUGAUUCGCGCGAGCCAUUCGUCGAGGUGCCAGCAGUAGUACAUAGCAGCACACGGUAGAGAGUUAGAGAGUGAAUCGUUCGGUGCGCCGAUGAUUUUUUUCCUCGUCGCACGCGUGUCCUCUCUUUCUGUUGGCCAAGAGGGAUAAUAGGCCGGGCCUAUCAGCACAGUAGGAAAAUGGCGGCUUGCCUCGCACGAAGUAGACGAUCAGGUUCAACGACAACGACGGUGUUCUUCGCGUGACGCGCACGUACGCGCAAUCUCGUCGGAGGGAAACGAAAAAUAACCUCCUCGCGAUCAUCUUUCGCCAACUCCGUCGCGAAGUGUGUACGGUGGUUAAACCGCGUGUGUUACGUUCGAUCUUGUUGUCGGCGCGGCGAAACGAACGACCCGUCUAGAGAGAAGGAGAGCAAAGAGGGAUAGAGAGCGAGAGAGAGAGAGAGAGAGAGAGAGAGAGAGGGAGAGAGAGAAAACCAGUGGUUGAAAAAGGGAAAGACAUUGUUAACGCAUAUGCAUUAUAGACGCGGCGAUUUGCAAUGAGAGCGGGACGCGAGGAGAACCGGAGAGACAGCACGAGAGGCGUGUAACGAAGAACCACUGUGCGUUCCGUUUGCGCGUGUGUGUGCGGGCUCGUAUGAGAGCGAGCGGCGGUCACACCGGUGACAAGUGUUCCGUCGACGGGGAACUUCGCCUUAUCCCCGAGUCGACAAGAAGAUGAUAUUACAAGGUCUGCAGGAGGACCGUCGUGCGUACGUCGAUCGAGAUCCUCGUGCCGCCGUUCCCUGUCGUCGCCAUUGAGCUACGGCCGUUUUCGCGAAAGCAGAGUGGAUGUGCUGUGAACGGCGGGACGAUCACGACCAAAAGCCCGAGGGAAGAUGAGAGGCGCGUGCGACGGCGGCAUAGCGGGUUUUCUCGCUCUGGCGCUCCUCUCUUUAUUUCACACGUCAUGCCUUGUAGAUGGACUGAAGUGUCACUGCGAUAUUUGCGCCGAUACCAAUCACACGUGCGUGACCGACGGCUAUUGUUUCGCCAGCACCAGCUUGGAGAACGAUGUUAUCACGUACGCUCGGAGGUGUUACGAUAAGGAGAGCUCGUUCCCGUCGCCCGAGUACUCGGUCUGGUGCAACACGAAUAGCACGCUACGCGGUCCAGGCGACUUGGAGUACGUGAUCGCCUGCUGCAAACACUCAGACUACUGCAAUCGCGACCUAAGACCCACUCUGGUAGCUCGCGAGGCCGGAGGUGGGCCCUAUUCUCGUCUGGCCGAUUACCUCGGACGAGUGUCCUCGGGUGGCAACGACGCGACGUGGGUCACUUGGAAAAUGGCGCUGUCGAUAGCGGUGCCGAUCUGCGCGAUCUGCGUGAUCGUCAUGAUCAUUUAUCACAUACACAUGACCAAGAGGAGACCGCCCGGACACUUCCCGGACGAUUCGAUGGAGGCGCCGGAUCGACCCAUUCUGGGCGCUGUCACCAUCAGGGACAUGCUGGAGAUGACGACCAGCGGCAGUGGUUCGGUAGGUCUGCCGCUUCUGGUACAGCGGAGUAUAGCCCGCCAGAUCCAGCUCGUGGAGACGAUCGGAAAGGGUCGCUUCGGCGAGGUCUGGCGCGGUCGUUGGAGAGGCGAGAACGUCGCUGUGAAGAUCUUCAGCUCGCGGGAGGAGAGGUCCUGGUUCAGAGAGGCUGAAAUUUACCAGACGGUGAUGCUGAGGCACGACAACAUCCUCGGGUUCAUCGCUGCCGAUAAUAAAGAUAACGGCACGUGGACGCAGUUGUGGCUGAUCACGGACUAUCACGAGAAGGGCUCGUUGUUCGAUUAUCUGAACAGAUCGACCGUGGACACGAACGGCAUGAUCAGGAUGGCGUUGUCGAUCGCCACCGGGCUGGCGCAUCUUCACAUGGAGAUCGUCGGCACGCAAGGGAAACCGGCGAUCGCGCACCGUGAUCUCAAGUCGAAGAACAUCCUCGUCAAAACGAAUGGUACAUGCGCGAUCGGCGAUCUCGGAUUGGCCGUCAGGCACGACGUAAUUACGGACACCGUCGACAUCCAGCUCAAUAAUCGGGUCGGCACCAAACGGUACAUGGCACCCGAGGUUCUCGAAGAGACGAUAAACAUGAACCACUUUGAUUCCUUCAAGAGGGCUGACGUAUACGCUCUCGGGCUGAUCCUCUGGGAGAUCGCCAGGCGAUGCAACGUCGGCGGGAUUCACGACGAAUAUCAGUUACCGUUUUACGACCUGGUGCCUUCCGAUCCGACGAUCGAGGAGAUGCGUAAAGUCGUCUGUGCCGACCGGCAGAGGCCGUCGAUACCGAACCGGUGGCAGUCGAUCGAGGCACUGCAGGUGAUGUCGAAGGUAAUGAAGGAAUGCUGGUAUCACAACGCGGCAGCUAGAUUAACCGCGCUUAGGAUUAAGAAGUCCCUCGGAAACUACGGCGCGACGGAAGACCUGAAGUAAAUUGGAACCGGCAAGGACAGAAACGAUCGUAAACCGCUCGUCGUCGACCGUCGAAACGAGGGGCGAGGACGGUAGUGCUUCGGAACACGAAUGGACACUCGUACCGUAACGCUUAUUGCAAUAAAACGAUUUAUGUGCCGUGUUACACCACGCGCGCGCGCGUUAGAGAGACAGGGAGAGAAAGCGAACGCGAGAGAGAGAGAGAGAGAGAAAGAGAGAGUGUGAGCGAGAGAGAGAGAGAGAAGAUAGACAGAUAAAUGUAGCAAGAGGAAAGUAAAGGAUGCUGAACGGGUUCCGAGAAUUUUAUAGAAAAGCAGAGAGCCUAACGAAGAAAGACUGUUCGAGAAAUCGAGACGACGUUCCUUUAAAUCGCGUUGACUUCAUCGGGUCCUACCCCGCAACCUCCGAGUAUCGGUCUGCCCAAAAUGACGGAAAUUACUGCAAGAGGUCGUUCGGUCAGGGUGAACUCGAGGCAAACUUUUUUCGUUCCGAAAGUUCAGAAUGUUCGAUGGAAGACUAGAUCGACGGAUGCGAGAGCAACGGCUCCAACGAUCGUUGCCGGUACCGCGUGAAAUAUACGGCAGAGGUCGUUGGAGCAGAUCGAUCGAUCGGUGGAAACGAACGCGUUCGGUCGAUCGAGCGCGAUCGACGCCCGACGCCCGGUCACGCGUCACACUACCGCUGUAUAUUUAUUGAAUAACAAAGGAUAAGGAUAACGAAUUAUAUAAAUUUAUUAUAUAGCGACGUUUAUCGAGUAAUAUUAACGAGUAACGAUAAAUUUGUAUAUCGAUAUAUACGCGCGUAUAAUUACGUACAUUCGUUAUCGGGCGAACGGGCUCGAUCGACCGAACCGCGCUUCGUUCGCGAGAGAUUUCGUUCGUUACGAUCGAUCGCGUAUCGAUCGGUAACGGUACGAAAUAGCGGCACCCGGGUGGCUCGCGACCCACCGUUCGGUCUCCCCGUUUUAGCUGGCCGUCGAACGAAUUUUUUUCUUUACCGAGAAUACACGGCCUCCGACGUCAGGAUACCUGCAAUAUAUUCUCUUCUUUUUGUUGUUCCGUUUUACGUGUUCGUUUUUUUGGUGACUUUUACAAACACGCGGAACUCUCGUUGUUUUACCGGUGCACGCAGAGACUGGAUCGUUUUCUUUUCGGGAGUAUACUAUACCGUGUUACAAGAGAAACGCAUAUCUUUGUUUCUCGUUUCUACGAUUACAAGGUCGCGAUUCCGGCGAUCCUGUAACGCAUACAGGGUAGAUAGGAAAUGAGAGGAAACGGGCAGCGACAUCGUAGUCGUCGAAAAUACGAAGCGCGGUUUCGUUCGAACGAAACGACCGCGUAUUUUUAACUCGCCUUUUUCGCGUAAUCGAACGUUGCUUUCCGACCUGGAAACGUAAUAUUCACGCAAAAGGUAGAACUUCGAUUAUCCGAAUUCCUCGGACCAUCCUUUGGAUCGUCGCCGAUUUAUUUUAUAAAUUUUAUACGCCGACGUAUCGACCGAGAGUGGCGUUCUUCCGAACUGCCAACCGUUUGUAAUACCUUUUUUCAUCGAAGAACGAGAUCGAGCGAUUCGGUCGACCGAGACCGACGCGUCGUUGUAAUCGUAACUUUUAAAAUAGGGGAAACCAGCUUUUUCGUUACGGCACUGUCGAUCGAUCGAGGAUAAAUCGAAUAUUCGCGGAGAUCGUUUAAAGACAAUUUUUCCUUUCCAUGUUCGCGAACGGUCGCAACGAUUCGAUAACGAGCGAUCGAAAGAGUCGAUCGAGACGCAUGACAUUUUUAUAUCUUAGAUUUUGAAACAUUUUUAAACGCGCGUUUUCUACGUUCGAUCGUUUAGCAGGAACGCGUGUCGACGUUAGGGAACAAGUAGGAACAAAGACAAAUAACAUUCGAUCCGGCAGGAUCUGCUUCCACCUUGGAGAUAUUUGAUCAAGUUUUAUAUGUAAAUUUCACCCGAGAAGCGACAGCUGUCGAGAAAAGAUCGAAAGUCGUUCGAAUAAUCGGGGUUCUACCGUAUUUCUUUUCCCGGCCAUCGAUACUCCGCACACAAUUUCCACAACAACGAAGUUUCUCCGCAACUUCCAGACUUCAUUUCUCGGUCGUAUCCUUUUUAUAAUGUACGUAUUCUUAGUCUAUAGACACGCCCAGAUAUUUUGCUCAAAACAAACUAUUUUUGCGUACGCCACUGUGCGCGUGUUUACCGAACGCGGUGCGUCGCGAUACGCGGGACCGUCGAAACGUGUUUCCUUUGUAACACAGGAAGGCUGAAAUUGAAGGGUGCUAAGCUCAAGGAUGAUUGUAUACAGUUUUGCGCGUGCGAGAGGAAGAACUUGCGAGAAACGGAGCGCGAAAUGGAGAGAGCGAAAGAUAGAAAGAAUGAAAAGAAAAUUCAAGGAAACGAAAGGCUGGGAGAGAGAGGAAGGGAGAGAGAGAGAGAGAGAGAGAAAGUGCAAAACAGACUGAACUAAGAAAGCAAGCGGGGCGAGACGAACGAAGGAGAUCGAACAAAAAUAACGAGCUGAUAAAAAGAAAGAAACAUUGGAGAAACUAUAUUUUCGGGAAUUUUUUUCGCGGCGGAAAGGGAAAAAGAGAAGAUUCGGAAACAAGAAGAUAUACGACGGUAGAAUGCCGAGAUUUCGAUCGCGAACGCGUGCCUCGAAUCGAAACGACCUUGACCUUCGCGACUCCACCUUUCGACGGAGCGAUAUUUCGAACGUUUCCCAUGGAAUUCGCGAGGAGAACGGUCUCGAGCGUUUUUCGCAGCGACGGGACCGCGUUCCCUUCGAAAAACAGGAUAACGCGAAGGACGCGCGCGACAACUCGCGGUGUUCGAUUUUAGUUAACGAAUAUUUAUUUAUUUCUUAUAAAUUAUUAUGUACAUUAUAAGUUAAGUAAAUUAUUCGUCUCUUUUCGUUUGGAACGGCAACCGCGGCGCACGCGUUGCCGUUUCAAGCCAAGUAUUAUUUAAUUCGCAUUCUUCGGUCGAUCCCUUGCCUCCUCGAAAUUCGUUUCGAUAAAUAUCUGUAAUCUUUGUUGCCGGAUGAGAACAUCGUUUCGUCGCGCCAGUAGAAAAUAUUUCGUACAAGGAAGAAUCGGAAGAAUCUGUUCGAGAGAGAUAAAGUUGCGUAACGAAUCGGCGCGCGAAGCGGAUCAGGACUGCUCUAUGAAUUCGUUGUAGAAUCGAUACUCGAGGAACGCAACGAUAUAGCGAGGCAAGCGGUUAACGACAGAAUUCUGCGGAGAGCAGCUUCGGACCGACUUCUUCCGGAGCUGCGUUCGGUUUCACCGAGGUAACGAAGUUAUUGGCAGCGAACGCGUUUACUUUGUAGAUUAAGACCGUAUUUCGACGAACACCGUUCCCGUUGUUCCCAGAGCCGAUAGACGGUUCUCCGCGCGACACGCGAUCGGAUCUCGUCGCCGAUAACGAGGCACGCGUGAUCGCGCGCGUUGCGGUUUCGCGCGACGUAGACGAAGACGAAGACGAAGACGAAGACGAAAAGCUCGAGAGCAGAAGAGUCUCGAGAGUGUGCGAGAACUCGCACGGUACGCGUCUCUACGGGAAGCUCGACCGUGUCCGGGGACCGUUCGCGGGGCCCCUCGCCGCCGGUCCCCGUUGCGACAAGCGAUUUACUUCCUCGACGAGGUUAGAAAUUCGUCGCGAGACGUUGGACAGGCCGGGGUAGACUUCGAGGAACCGAAGCACGAACGAGAAAGAGCAAAUGGAACAAAAAGAAAGCGAUAAGAAGAGAAGAGAAAGAAAUCUUUGUCAUCCAAUAGUCAACGUAAAAGUCUGCGAACAUACAAUUAUUACUAUAUAAAGGAACGGAGGACCCUUCGAACCAUAUAAUUGUAUUUUUAUAUUGUUUUUUACCAACCGACGCUCCACGGGCGUCUCUACUGAUUUUUCUCUUCCGUUUUCUAAAUGCUCGAAACGAUUCGAAACCCAGCUGGCCGCGAUCGACCCUCGAUCGACCCUCGGACAACCCUUUCGCCGCCGACACCGGUCCGGAUGCUCGAUCGAGCGAUCUUCUAUGCGACGGUAGACCUUUUUUACCCGUCGCGAUCGAACCGGUGAUAAUUUCGAGUUUACGGGAAGAGAAUUGUGCCGUUCGGUUGUGCAAUCGGUAAAAAGCUGGAAGCGACCGAAAGGGGACGAAGUCGAUCGAUGCAGCCAGAAUCUGCUCGCGAGUCCAACGCGAACGGUACAAGCGGCUUCCCACGGACGAGACGUUUCUUUCCGCGACGCGAGCGUCGGCGGCGACCGGGUUCGAAGCGGAGCGAAUCGGCGUCUACGCGAAGAUCGAGAUCGCGCCAAACUCGCCUUCGAUGCGAGAGGGAUCCGAUACGGAUCGAUCGAAUAUUGUACCCGGUCCUUCGCCCUCGGCAAAUCGGUUUCCCCGACGAGAUUUUUCCAAGCACGCGUACACGCGUGGCGAGUCUCGCGCGCCACCGACCGUUCGCGCGCACGUUCCCGUCGCGAGAUAUAUCGCAGGUUCUGCAACCCACCAAAAGACUGAGCAAUCUAAUGUUCGACUAGUAGGUAAAUAAUCGAAAGUUAAAUAGUUGGACCGCGGUCCGAACGACCGCGGCCGUUCUUUUUAAUGGAUCAUCGUCCCGGCGAGCGCCGCGUGCCGGCCCGUCCGCCGUCGGUGGUUUUUCUCGUACAUUCCUAUUACGAUGUAGGUUAAUUUUACGAUACGUACAUACGAUAUAGUUAACGCCGUCGACGAGGUUUCACGGAUGCUCGCCGGAGACGGCGAGAACGUCCGUAAAAAUGUCCAACGCCGGCUGCCCUCGCCGCGAAAGUUUCCGGAACGGCGGCGAUCGGGGCGCGUUCGUUCUCAUUUUUCCACGGUCCACCGUCUACGCGAUGUCGCGUCGCCCGAUCCAAGGACGAGCGUCGCCGGUAUUUUUACGUUUCUCCGAAGGAUCGACGCGACGCCUACCGUGAAACACCAUCGGCGACCAUGUCCCGCAGGUAUUUCCAUAUUACUAGUACAAUUUUGUGCCAAUAACAGAUCGAAUGUUAACUAAAGCGAGAGACCACUAAUGAUAAUAUACAGAGUAUUUCUCACAAGCAUACACGUACACGUUCACGUAUUAACAGUCGUCCGGGAAGAAAAUAUCUUUCAAGCCCGUCCGACGGCUCGAAUCCUUCUCGAAUCUUGAAUCUUGAAUCUUGAAUCGCGAAUCGCGAAUAGUCUCGAAACGUCCGCGUGCGAACCGCGUGUCGCGGAAACGCGCAGGUACUCGAACAUCGUUGAAAGUUUCAGCAUCCUUCGGCGCGUAAUUUCGGCCCUGUCAAAGAAGUCGGCUGUUUACAAAUUGUAGCAACCGAAUAGAAACUCGCGUCGAGGACGGUUAAAGACGUCGAACCGCCUUGAAACGCAUCCUCCGAACGCGUCGAAGCGUUCGAGUGCCUGCGCACCCGUACGGAACACGACAGAACCGAUCGCGAGAUACCGAUUCACGGGGCCGAUUCACGCGCAAUCCCGAAAGAUAUUUUAUUUCCCGGUGGCCGACUAUCCAUAUCUCUUACCGCCGCGUCAGAUUUCCAGGCGACGUCGCGCGCGUCACUCGUAUCCCCGAGGUCGGUGGCGUUGAUCGGCCGAGGUCGAAGGAUCGCAUCGAACCGUCACCUAGGUUUCGAAGCACGGAACAGUCUGACUCAUAUCCGACAAAUGCCGAACUGCCAAAUAAUAUAUUUCAUCCCUCUAUAACUCUUCUUCGCUCCUUUACGGUGUAAGCACCCACGCCCGCGCCCAUUCUUACUUCCCCAUUUGUACAAACAAACAAACAAACAAACAAAUAAAUAAACAAACGAACAAACAAAAAAAGAGGUGUAAGAGGAAGAACGACGCGUAACGACGAUAAAAACGCGCGGAUACGUGGCGCGUGUAUACCCGCGUCGUGUUAGAAUGCGAGAAACCUGUACCUUUCGAGGCGGCGCGACGCCUCGCGUCGUCUGCUUUUAGUUUAGAGACCGUAUGAGAAGAGAAAAGAGGAACGAGAGGCGCGCGCGUUCCAAUUUCUUCGAGGAGAAUCUCGCGAGAGCGAGCGAGAAGAAAUUGGAACGCGCGCGGCUGAUCAACAUCGGGCAGGGCUGGAUCGUCUCGACGAGCGAUCGACGCGAUCGACGCGACGCGCCGUUUCAACGGUCGAUUCCUCGAACGAUCGGACGCGUUCUUGUCGAAAAGAAAGAAAAAAGAAAACAGAAAAAUGAUCGAAAAGAGUACAAGUUGGCCGACGCGAUUACAAAAUUGAACCUUUGAAAAAUCCGAUCGUUCUCCGCGAAAUCUUUAGGGAGAACGUUGAAACGCGACAACGACGAUCUCGGAAGCGUGAUUUCAGGAAUCGACGCGUUGUUCGACGCGCGGACGACACAUUUUAGAAUGUUAACUGUAAUUUUUAAGAGUUUAGCAAACCGCGGUCGAGCCGAUGCAGCCGUCCCGAUGGCUUUUAGAAUUACAUACAUACAUUGUGCACCAACGUUGCGCGUUAGUCAGCGACCGCUAAAUAUUGUAUCGGCGAAUUCGCGUUCUUUUUUCGAAGAUAUUCUAUUCUGUUUACGAGGAAUCGGCGUGUACCUUGCGAACGCGAAUUCGUUCUCCGGCUUUCCUUUCCGAUUCGCCGACGCGCUCGCCAUCGAACGCGGCGCGCGCGCGUUCGGAAUCGCUCCGCGAAUCGGGAAAUCCAAGUCGAGCGAACGAAGUCGAGCGAGUGUAAAUAAUUGCAUGUGUGGAAUUUGCGAAAUCGGCGAAUAAAUUAAGCAUUUUUCAAAUUGUUGCUCCGUUUAUUUCUAUUUAUUCUAUCGAACGACGUGGUUUCGCUGCGAGUCGUCCAGCGAUUCCAAACUUUUGGCUGACAGUGUAUUUUGUAUUUUGUAUUUUGUAUUUUGUAUUUCGUAUCUCGUAUUUUGUAUUUUGUAUUUUGUAUUUUGUAUUUUGCGAUAAAAAAGGAACAUAUAUUCUGUUGAAUAAAACGUUGGACUAUUCGAAUUUCAUUUCGGAACCGUUCACUUCGGUUCGACGCUCGAGCCUUCCGGUCUCGAUCGAUCGAACGCGCAAAAAUUUCUCUUCGCUCACUGCUGGCCAUCGUUUGAAAUCGCUGUAUCAUCCGAAGAAACCUAUCGAUUUCCUCGACGACUUAAAAAUGUUAGCAAUCGUUAUUAGGAUUAUAACUCAAGAAAAACACAUUGUAUGUGGUACAUAAUUUGAAUAAAUCUCAACAAGUGGUUCUAAAUUUUUAA